AUGCUCGGCGUCGUCGGCUUCUUCAUUUAUGCCAGAGAAGUAGCAACUUUCCAGAUGACAUCGGUGGUUCUCAUGAAUUAUUCCAGAAUGUUCGUCUGUUCGAUUCGGUGAAUCCUCGAUAUGCCCAACAAUUGCUCGAAAUCGAAAUGUUCACCUUCUGCUCGCUGGACAUUGUCGACGAAAAGGCGGCGAAGGCGACGGAGAUGUUCCUUGGACAGCUGUACAACGACCAGAAGUGGAGGGUGAGAAGCAGCUGUUGAACCUUCCCCAUCUCUUCCAUUUUCAGUCAUUCGGCUACAUUACCAACACUGGCGUUCGUAUGAUUCUCGUGCUCGACGCCACGACGGCCGCUUCCCUCAAAGAUCAGGAGAUCCGGCUGGUGUUCAAGCGCUUCCACGGCCACUACUGCAGCACCGUCUCCAAUCCGUUUUACGAAAUCGGCACUCCGAUGCAGUCGAAAUGGCUCGAGGAGGGAGUCAGGGAUCUCUACUCGGUCAGCGAGUGA